AUGACCGCGACAACUAUGGCCGUGUCUUCUCCAUCCAAGAGAGGGGGCCUUCGGGGCCCGCGGCCACAGGCGCUAAAGGUAUCGUCGUCGCCGCCACCAUCGUCCGCACCGUCGACCAAGCAGAGCAACGCCGCCGGCUGUGGCGCCGCGCCAGUGAUCGUGUACGAGCACACGCCCAAGAUCGUGCACGCGCGCCCGGAUGAGUUCAUGACCGUCGUGCAGCGGCUGACGGGCAAACCUCCGGCGUCUUCUCCGGCGCCGCCGUUGCUUAGCUACGACGUCCACGUAGCUCCGGUGGAGGAGGGAGCAGGAGGAGGAGACCAUUUGCUGCUCACCCUUGGGCAGCAUCGUGCGCCGCCGAUGUCGGCUGGGCAGCACAUGUCCCCCGGCGGCUUCUUCUUCUCCCCCAACACCAUGCAGUUCAUCCAGGAGCUCAGCCCCAUGUUCUAA